AUGUUUGAAAGUGUUACCAUCAAGGCAGCACCUAACCAAUACUUGACUCUCUGCGAGGUGAAAGUACUGGCAGAUCCCCGAGUAGAGUCCGGAGAUGAACAUCUCGCUAACCUUGCCUUCGGUAAACCAACUUCACAGACUUCAACUGGAUGGGGAGGUGUCUCUAGCCGUGCUGUUGAUGGCAAAGAGGCUGGUCAAUGGACUGCUGGAAGUUGCACUCACACUAACGGUGCAGGCUCGUGGCAAGUUAAUCUUCAGGACAACUACGUGAUCAAGAGUGUGUGGAUCAAGAACCGAGUAGAUUGCUGCAGUAACCGUAUUAAUGGGGUUCAGGUAUUCGUAGGAGACGCUCUGUGCGGUACUAUCGAGUACAACCCAAUAAAGUACAGCUACUCAGUUAACUGUGGAGAGAACGGAAUUGUCGGAUCUUCAGUAAAGGUUGUAAACCCAACUACUUAUCUCACCCUGUGUGAGGUCAAGGUCUGGGGACCUGCUGAACCUAUUGUUAUCGAAGAGACUACUGAUGAAGAGGUUGUUGGAGACAAGAGUGCAGCUGUAGAUGAUGCCGUUUCACAGGCCAAGUGCCCAAGUGGAAAGGUUGUGUCCUUCUGUGAGGUUGCUACUGGAAAUACUGCUGUUAACGCUGACGGUGCUCUUGUAAAGGGUGAUGGUGGUGAGAUCUCUGUAGCUCACAACGGAUGGGGUGGUCAGGGAGUUAUUGCCCGAGCCAUCUGCUCAGAACAAGUACAAAUAGCAAGCCCUUGCAACGGCCCCAAACUGAACCUGUACAAGAAACUGUACGCUAGAGGUACCGACCCUAGCUUGAAGUGUCCUGCUGGUUAUGAAGCUAUCAUUUGUAAUGCUCACUCCUUUUGGUGGAACAUGCUGGUAAACAAAGUUGAUGCUAAGGGUAUCAUCUCUAACGACAAGGACUGUGUUGUACCAAGCUGCAACGCCAACAACUGGUGUGAUAUUACCCUCGUGUGCAAACUCAUGGAGGAUAUGGAUGCCUACGCAGAAGCAGUGUGCCCAACCUGUGACGGAUACAGCUGCGAGGAAGGUUUCGAGUGCCAAAUGAUAGAUGAUGAUGGAGAUGACAGUGACAAGAAGUUCCCCACUUGUGUUGAGAAGCAGACCGGUUGUGAUGUCGAUAGAUGCGGAGAUAACGGUGCUUGCGAACCUAAAGGAGCAGAUGAUUACAUCUGUAUCUGCAGUGACGGAUACGAAUUUGAUGAGAUUGCCGGAACUUGCAUGCCAGUACACACUAAAUACCGAACAGUUUACGGAGAUGAAGCUAUCGGUGAUGAUGCUCACAGUUUCGCUACCUGCUCAGAAGGAGAACGAGUUUACAGGUGUCACACCUUUGGAGCCCCAAGUGCAGCUGAUGGAGUCACCAUUGCCAACACUAACGGACUGGUACGAUGUGAAGCUAGAGCUUCCCAUAGCAAGAAGUUCCCUGUCAGGGCUGUUGGAUACUGUGGUGAAGAUAACAUUUUCACUGACCCAUGUACCCAGGAAGACAUUCACCAGAUCGAAUACAGGAUUGAUGCUGGCCUUUCUCCCUCAAUCAGCUGUCCUGAUGGAUACUUGAUGGAAAGCUGUAUCUUCCACAGCCCCUGGACACAGGCGCUUACUGAUGUAAACAGAGCUCGGAUCAACAGUAUCGGCGCUGUCGGUAUCAACGAUGACGGUUCAUGCUCCAUGACUGAUUGUUUGAAGAAUCCUCACGGUCACCAAUGGUGCAAACUUACUGCUGUCUGCAAAAAACUGACCGGUUCUGAGUACAUGAAGGCAGCAUGCCCAACCUGUGACGAUGUCAGAUGUCCAGAUGGUCAGGAAUGCGGAAUGGUAGAAGAUCUGCCACUCUGUCUCCCGAGAGUACCUGGAGGUUGCGAUGCAGACAAGUGUGGAGAGAACGGACCCAUUUCGACUCGAAAUGGUGCGAGUGUAAGGAAGACGGAUUACGGAACCGACUACGAAUGCCUUUGUAAGACCGGAUACAAGUUCGACAGUGUCACGUGUAUCGAUAUCGACGAGUGUGCUGAGGAACCAUGUGGUAACGGGGACUGUACCAACACUGCCGGAUCUUACACUUGUGACUGCAAGAAGGGAUACGAAGCUGUAAAGGGAACAUGUGAGGAUGUUGACGAGUGUGCUGAUAGUCCUUGCUCUGAAACUGAGAGGUGUUCCAACAUUGAAGGAAGCUUCAUCUGCGAUUGUCUGGAUACUUUCAUCAGAGUAAAGAAAUCUAAGGAAUGUCUCUGCGCUGACGGGUUCGAGAACCAGGAUGGGUCCUGUGCUGAUAUUGACGAGUGUGCUUUACCUGAUAGCUGUGGAGAAAAUCAGGUCUGCACAAACUCAGUCGGAAACUACCAAUGUGAAUGCAAGGAGGGGACAGAGAAGGGAUCUGAUGGAGUGUGCAAGGAGUUCCUUCCGCUGGAAUGUGAUGUUAAGGCAAAGAAGCCAAUUGUUAAGGGAAUCAAGGGAACCAAUGUCAAUGUCAAGUUGGCCGGUGAAGUUAAGAAGACCUUCAAGAAAUACGCCACAAUCAAGUGGGAAAAGAACAACGAACCCUGGGAUCCUAAAUCCGACGGCAAAUCUAAAUUCAACGGAUUCACCAUCAGGAAGUUUGAUGCCGAAGAUGCGGGUAUUUAUGUAGCUUCCAUCUUCAUUGAGAAGGAUGGAGAAAGCUUCAAAUGUGAGGUCGAGGUCAAACUUGUCCUUCUAGAGGGAUCUGUGAAACUGAACAUUGCCAAUGCUAAACAACUGUCUAAAAAGCAGAAGUCUGGACAACCUCUCACUAUCAAGUGUGACGUUGAUAUUGACAACCUGAAACUGAAAGACCCUAAGAGUCCAGAUAACAUUAACUGGUACAGAGUAACUGAUGACGGUGAUGAACUUCUUGAUGAUAGUGAUACUAUCAGUAUCGAACGAGGAAAAGGAACCUACCAAAUGAUCCUCAAGAACCCGAGCCCCGAAGACAGCGGCACCUACAGAUGUGAGUUUGAUCAACAAGGAGUGGACACAUCUACAGACGUCACUAUUGAGUUCAAGUAGAUUACUCGCAAGAUUGCAGGGCACAUGUAUAAGGACAUGUACAGGUUUUUUAUUAUGGAAAUACAUUUUUAUGGAAAUGGACUGAACUGAUUUUUAAAUUUUUAGUAAGUUGAUAUUUGAUUUGCGACUUGACUACGAUCUGAAGUGAUAUUUUUGUUGUACAAUUUUUAUCACACAUGCAUUCAAAA